AUGUCGCGCUCGCGCACGGUGCGGAUCUUCUGGGACGAUCCUGACCUGACGGACUCCUCCGGCGAGGAGGAGGCCUGCGGAGCCCGGAGGGUCGGCAGGAUGGUGCGGGAGCUGCCGCCCGUGGCAGCAGCAGCAGCAGCGCCAGAGGCUGCUCCCGUGCCGGAUCAGUGCAACGCCGGGGAAGGCGACCGCGGGAGGAGGGUCGUCGGUGUCGCUGGUCCCGGCGUGUGCAGCGGGGCGCGGAGACGGCUGGCCAAGGGUGGCCCCGGCGCGGCGAGCACCAAGUUCCGCGGCGUCCGGAGGCGGCCGUGGGGCAAGUUCGCGGCGGAGAUCCGUGACCCGUGGCGCGGCGUGCGCGUGUGGCUCGGCACCUUCGACACCGCGGAGGAGGCCGCGCGCGUCUACGACACCGCCGCCAUCCAGCUCCGCGGGACCAACGCCACCACCAACUUCUCCUCCGCCGGCUCCGGGGCCGGCCACCUGCAGGACCCGGCGACCCCCGGCGGCUACGAGUCCGGCGCGGAGUCCACGCCGGCGGUGUCGUCGCCGACGUCCGUGCUCCGCAAGGUCCCUUCCCUGUCCUCCCUCGCCGAGGACUCCUCCAAGGACGACUCCGACGCCGCGGCCCCGUGCGAGCCGGCCGCUGCCGAGUGCCGCAGCCUGGCCGUCCUCGAGGAGGAGGAGCUCGGCGAGUUCGUGCCGUUCGAGGACGCGCCGGUCUACGCCACCAGCGGCUUCUGGGACUUCGAGCCUGACGCCGGGUUCCUCUACGCCGAGCCGUCGUCGGCGGAGGCGUCGUGGAACGCCGCCACCGCCGCCGAGCCCGCGGCCACGUCCGAUGACGCGCCCAGCUGGGCCGCGUCGUCGCCGAUGCAGGAGAACAACGACUACUUCCAGGACCUGCGCGACCUCUUCCCGCUCAACCCGCUUCCCGCGAUUUUCUGA